AAGGUGACGAUGAGUAUAUACGAUGUAUAUUGAAUGUGUCAACAUUUGGUUGUUGUCAACGUCACCUAGAUUUUAAUGCAAAGUUGAUAUAGUUAUAAAGUGAUCGGAUUUCUAUGUGCAGUUUACAUAAACAACUGGAGCAGACGAAACUACUUCAGAUUGUUAACAGGUUUUAUUUUUCGAAAAGAAAAACAAUAAAGAAGUUUGUAGAGGAUGUGAUACUGUUUUGAUUUGAAAUGAGGCUGCAAAGAAUCACAGCGAAUCGGAUGAAAGAUUAUAUUCGCUAAAAGCCCUAUUCGUGGAAUUAUAAAAACGCAUUAAUCUAAGUAAACAAAGUGCGAAAUCAUAUGCAACUAUGAUUCAAUGCAAUUUCUUACUUAAUGUAAGGAUAGACUCCAAAAUAAACCAAAUCAUUCUAGAAAAUCUGUGAUCUUAAGCAUUUCUAAAAUAUAUUGGAUUUUGUCGAAAUAAGAAAACAAAAAAAAAAUUGACUAACUUCUACAUUUUGUGCAAUAAACGCUGAUAAACAGGUCUACCGUACCAUAACAAAGAGAUACACUCGAACAUAUGUGAGCGAUAUGCGUGUACCAACGAAAACGAAAAAGAUAACAAAUUACUCGAGCUUUGAAUAAAUGGUCUAUGUGUAUGAAUUAAAUAGAACCGCGAAUAAAAAAAUAUUGGAUAUUUGGGCUGUAUGUAUAUACAAAGCUAUAAACACCGGAGCAAAUGAAAUUUAUUCAGUAGGUGAAUUUCGUGGAAAGAGAUGCGUGUAUUGUGGAGAUGUUGAAAUAAAAUGAGAACGUGUCUAUUUCAACACGAAAAUGACUGAGUCAAGGUACAAAAUCAUACGAAUUAAUCAAAGUAUACGUAGCGAUCAUGAGGAUGACGACGAAUAUGAAGAAGAUCUUACUGACAACAACUUGGACGAUGACACAGUAACAAUCGUUCCUGCGAACGAUUCAGAUGACCUUCACUUUCCCAACAAAUUCAACGAUAAUAAUAACAAUAUGCCAACACCCACGGGAACUUUGACAUUGAUUUUGAUAUAUUUCAUCUUAUCAAUCGGUCUGACGUUUUAUCAAAGAAACUUGCUAAAGGAAUUUCAUUUCCCAUUUACGGUUGUCCUAACGCAUUUACUCUUGAAGCUAGUCAUGGCAGGAUCUGUUCGUUAUUUAUACAGAUGUUUUACUGGAAAGUCUCGCGUUCAUAUCGAUUGGAGAAAAUCAUUUAGGAAAUUAGCCCCAACAGGUAUAGCGGCUGGAAUUGAUAUAGGAUUUUCAAACUGGGGCCUUGAACUUGUAACAAUAUCAUUGUAUACAAUGACCAAAUCAUCAACGAUACUCUUCAUUUUAUUCUUUGCCAUUUUAUUUGGUUUGGAGAAGAAGAGUUGGCUGCUAAUGGUGAUUGUUGCGCUAAUUUCAUCGGGACUGUGUUUGUUUACUUACAAAUCAACACAGUUCAAUACACUUGGAUUCAUAUUCCUGAUUCUGGCGUCAAUCACGAGUGGAAUUCGUUGGACAUUUGCACAGUUUAUAAUGCAAAAGUCAAAGCUGGGAUUGCAUAAUCCCAUUGACAUGAUGUAUUUCAUGCAACCAUGGAUGAUUUUACCAAUACUACCGUUAACACUUGGAUUUGAAGGUGAAGCACUAUUAAAAUUGUCCGAUAGUACAUCCGAUUCGGUAUCACCAGAUAUCAUGCUUGCGAUAAAGAUUACCGUCGGUGCAUUCAUAGCGUUUGCGAUGGAAGUUAGUGAAUUUCUCUUAUUAUCAUAUACGUCAAGCUUAACACUGGCAAUUUCGGGCAUUUUCAAGGAAAUUUUCCAAUUAAUUCUAGCAGUGGCAUAUAAUGGCGAUCAGAUAUCGAAGAUAAAUAUGUUCGGACUUGUCAUGUGUCUCAGUGGUAUUACAUGCCAUUUAGUUCAUAAAUUUUCGACAAGCAAAGUAAUUCAAACCAUUCCAAUAAUUUCUGAUAACGGCACAGCCGCUCCGACAUCGUGUGAACAACAGCUUCAAGUGAACUAUGUGAAUGGCAAUUUCACCAAACAGAACAUGAAAUUAAAUUAUUUUUCAAAUCAAAAUAAACCAUUGUUGGACAGCGACGAUGCUGAACAUUCCGAUUCAGACGAUUCACAAGACACACAACAGAAUGCAUCUGAAGUGAUAUUUGACAUAUUGAAGCGUCGUGACAUCCAUAGAUGAAUUAUAGAUUAAGCGUAGCAUUACUGCACUAGUUGAUACUGAAAAUUAAAUUAUGCAGCGAAUGAAGUGAUAACCAUUUGAAAUGCCAUAGUUUGUGUAAGUGCAUUUCCCGUGAAAAAAAAAAACAAUACUUAUUAAAAAUGUAUCAGGCUUCAGUCAAGUAUUGGAUUUUUCAAAGAUUUAGACUCCAUAAGGAGCUUUUCACUUAUGUCUGAAGAAAUUGCAUUUCACUCGUUUGUUUUCAAUAACAGUCGAAUGGUCACAAAUUAUGAUGAUCUACAUUUCGUUAAAUGGUAAAAGUAUUUUUGCAGGGCUUAAGAAUCGCACAUUCAGUUCGUAGUACAACUCAUUUCAGUGAGAGGCACAGCGCUCGUGUGCGAUGGUCUUCUCAUAACAACUGAGUUGUGUGCGCUGCACACACUGCUCACUUACUUCUCCUCUGCUUUGUGCGGAUCUUCGUUCGGUCGAAGAAAAAAAUAAGAAGUAGUAGUAGUAGUAUGUUCAACAGGCAAAAACAUGUUUUUUUUUUUCACCCUGCGUGUCUGCUGUGAGUAUUUGAGCGCACAUUGAACGGACAGUGGUAAACUCAUUUGUAUUUGAGAACUUGUGAACUGUUCGUCCGUUCGUGUGCGUGUAGCGCACACGAUAUUGUGAUGCAUUGCGUUUUUCACAGGGUUCACUCUGUACGAUUCUUAAGCCCUGUUUUUUUGUGACAAAUUGUUGAUUACUAAUUAUCAUAUGUUUUAUACUAAAAAGAAGUAAAUUAUCAAAGAAAUUAUCACUUUUUAGUUUUUAAUAAUUCCCGCCAGCCCAUUAGCAUUAAACGUAACAAAUGCAUUUUUAAGACCAAAUUUUGCAUAAGGCCUUGUUUACAAAAUUAAGUUUAAAUUAUCCCUCAAAAAAUGAUUUUACAUUCAUGGAUUUGUAUUUGCAAGUUUAAUUCCUAUGUCAAAAGAUCGUUUUCCGCACAGAACUGUGAACAAGGUUUAUUGUAGAUUUAACGAACUGCAAAUAAAUUAUGAUAUCCUACAUGCUUGGUUCUUGUGCAAUUUUGAUAACAUCAUAAAAACCUCAUAAGAGAAUCCUCUGAAAUGCAUCGAAAAUUUUAUAUGUUAUCAACGUUGUACCAAAAUAAAGUGAUGCAAGACCAUAUUAUGACCAUCGAUUAAGUGAUUUUAAGAAUUCUUUGUUUUUACAACAACUCAUUCGCUAACUAUGUUAUUUUUUUUUCCUAUAAACUAAUAAUAAUUCAACACAUUUUCCGAUGUAAAAAAAGCCAACCAAAGUAAAUGAGCCAAACUCGAAGAACUUCCUUUUUUUUCGACGAGUACAUACAUAAAUGGUAACGUUUUGGAAAUGAGACUUACUUUAGCUAACGAAUUAAUUUCGUUCUUAAAAUGUUCAAAGUUUCUUCCGUUCAAAGCUUCGAUCGGGAGUCUCCACUGUGAUGAGCAUAGGAGUAGGAAUUGGUUUAAUUUUUUUUAUGUCAUUGUAUUUCACUGUUCCAGAAGAAAACAUUUUUGUACAGCCACAGAUUAUGAAUUUUGUAACUUUUACAUUCAAGUUAAGACUUAACGGUUAAAAUGGAUAAAAACCAUCACAUACAUUUCAAAAAGAGUAAUUCCGCAUAAGAUAAAUGGUUGUAUUUCUCAGUAUAAUAGGAAUUAUUUAUCGUAUUUAAUUGGUUUGUUUAUUGGUGUUUUGAAUUGAAGAGACGACAAUAAAUUUAACUUCAAUCGAUUUGUAUCGAUGAUCUUAUAAAGCCCUUGUUUCAUAUCUUUCAAGUAAGAGAUGUACGAUUUCCCAAUGGUAUCGACUGAAGUUACUUUAAUUGUCCUCCUUUCUGUUGUACGCUCCAAAAGGAAAAAAAAACAUUUUAUUUUGCAUCACAUUCAGCUUAUCUAUUUAGUAAUUAAGUAAAUCUGAUCAUAAAACGUAUUGUAUUUAUAAAAAUUAAAAUGUGCAUCACUUCAAAAAUUUACUACACUCAAUAUUACACCACAAUGGAAUACACUCAUACAAACACUUACACCGUUAUGGAGUGUAUAUGUUUUACUCGUAUUCGGAGUAAAAACUCAAAAUCUAAACGAAGAAUGCUUUGAGUGUACUUUUUUUUGUUAAUUUUAAAGAGGAAAUUGAAAAAACAAUUAUGUGAUUGUGUGAAUUUGAAAAAUGUUUGUUACAACCAAAAUAAAAAUGAAUGAUUAAAUUAAAAUAAAAA